AUGUUCAAAGGAUUACAAUCUCUUGGUUGGAAUCUAGCCAGAAGAUCGAUCCCCGUCAGAGGUAGAUCAGUUCCUCUGAUCAGAUUCAACUCGAGUAUCAUUGAGAAGGCAGCCACCUACGCAGGGGCUGGAGUUCUCAAGGGAUUUACAGACGAAAAUGCUCACAAAUUGGUCGACGUUUCCAAGGUCCUCGUUAUUGGAUCCGGUGGUCUUUCUAUUGGCCAGGCUGGUGAGUUUGACUACUCUGGAUCUCAGGCAAUUAAGGCCUUGAAAGAAGCUAAUAAAACUUCGAUCCUAAUCAACCCCAACAUUGCAACUAACCAGACAUCUCACGCUCUGGCUGACGAAAUUUACUACCUGCCUGUUACUGCUGAAUACAUUACCUACAUCAUUGAGAGAGAAAAGCCAGACGGUAUAUUGUUGACCUUUGGUGGACAGACUGGUUUGAACGUCGGUGUCCAAUUGGACAAGAUGGGUGUCUUCGACAGAUAUGGAGUUAAAGUUUUGGGAACUCCAAUCAAGACUCUUGAAACCUCCGAAGACAGAGAUUUGUUUGCUCAGGCUUUGAAUGAAAUCAACAUCCCGAUUGCUGAAUCCAUUGCCGUCAAUACUAUCGAUGAAGCAUUGGAUGCAGCUGAAAGCGUGGGAUACCCAAUCAUUGUUCGUUCUGCUUACGCCCUGGGUGGUCUGGGAUCUGGUUUUGCCAACAACAAGGAAGAAUUGAAGAACCUGGCUUCUCAAUCCCUUUCAUUGGCCCCCCAGAUUUUGGUUGAAAAAUCCUUGAAGGGAUGGAAAGAAGUUGAGUAUGAGGUCGUCAGAGAUCGUGUUGGUAACUGUAUCACCGUUUGUAACAUGGAGAACUUUGACCCUCUCGGUAUUCACACUGGUGAUUCUAUUGUUGUCGCUCCUUCGCAAACCUUAUCUGAUGAAGAGUACCACAUGUUGAGAUCUGCCGCCAUCAAGAUUAUUCGUCACUUGGGUGUUGUUGGUGAAUGUAACGUUCAGUAUGCCUUACAGCCUGAUGGACUAGACUACAGAGUCAUCGAGGUUAAUGCCAGAUUAUCGAGAUCUUCUGCGUUGGCCUCGAAAGCCACUGGAUACCCCUUGGCCUACACUGCUGCAAAGAUUGCUCUAGGCCAUACCCUUCCUGAACUUCCAAACCCUGUCACAAAGACUACUUCUGCUAACUUUGAGCCAUCUCUUGACUACAUGGUUACCAAGAUCCCCCGAUGGGAUUUGGCCAAGUUCCAACAUGUCAAAAGAGAUAUUGGAUCUUCAAUGAAGUCUGUUGGAGAAGUUAUGGCUAUUGGUAGAACUUUUGAAGAAUCGUUCCAAAAAGCCAUUAGACAGAUCGACCCAUCAUUUGUAGGUCUACAAGGUGGAAAGUUUGAGAAUUUGGACGAAGAACUUGCCAACCCUACCGAUCGUAGAUGGUUGGCUGUUGGACAAGCUCUCUUGCACGAGAAUUACACCGUAGAAAGAGUCCACGAGCUUACCAAGAUUGAUAAUUGGUUCUUGUACAAGAUUAUGAACAUUGUCGAACAACAGAGGGAGCUAGAAGCUAUUGGUUCUCUGUUUGGAUUGACCCAUGACGUUCUCACCAGAGCUAAGAAACUUGGAUUUUCUGAUAAGCAGAUUGCUCUUGCAGUCGGAUCUACCGAAUUGGAAGUCCGUGCUAGAAGGAAGUCUUUUGGAAUUGUCCCCUUCGUCAAGAAGAUUGACACUUUAGCUGCCGAAUUCCCCGCCAAUACCAACUAUUUGUACACAACCUACAAUGCUAGUGAAAGUGAUGUCACCUUCGAUGAGCAUGGAACCUUAGUUUUGGGAUCUGGUGUGUACAGAAUUGGAUCUUCCGUCGAAUUUGACUGGUGUGCUGUUUCUACUGCACGUGCUCUUAGAGAAAGCGGCAAGAAGACUAUCAUGAUUAACUAUAACCCAGAAACAGUCUCUACUGACUUUGAUGAAGUCGACAGAUUGUACUUUGAAGAACUUUCCUUCGAGAGAGUUUUGGAUAUCUAUGAACUGGAGCAUGCCCAAGGUGUUGUUGUAUCUGUUGGAGGUCAGCUUCCCCAGAACAUUGCCCUUCCUCUUCAAGAGAACGGUGCCAAGGUACUUGGUACUGAUCCUCUGAACAUCGACAAAGCCGAAGACAGACACAAGUUCUCUUCCAUCUUGGACUCUAUUGAAGUUGACCAGCCAGCAUGGAAAGAAUUAACCUCCCUGGAGGCUGCUGAAAAGUUUGCCAACAACGUUGGGUACCCAGUGUUGGUUCGUCCAUCCUACGUUUUAAGUGGUGCCGCCAUGUCUGUUAUUCGUGACCAGUCCGAGUUGGACGAAAAGUUGGGUAAUGCAGCCGAAGUUUCAGCUGAACAUCCCGUCGUUAUUUCUAAGUUUAUUGAAGGCGCAGAAGAGAUUGAUAUCGAUGCCGUUGCUUCUAAUGGUAAGGUUUUGGUUCAUGCUGUGUCUGAACACGUUGAAAAUGCUGGUAUCCAUUCUGGUGAUGCUACCUUGGUCUUACCUCCCCAAAAGUUGGAGCCUGAAAUUAUGGCUAGACUUAAGGAGAUUGCUGACAAGGUUGCUGCUGCCUGGGAGAUUACAGGUCCUUUCAACAUGCAAAUCAUCAAGGCUGAGAACCCAGAAACUGGUAAGCCUGAUCUGAAGGUUAUUGAAUGUAACAUUCGUGCUUCUCGUUCGUUCCCAUUUGUCUCCAAGGUUCUAGGUGUCAACUUCAUUGAUGUUGCAGCCAAGGCUUUGCUCAAUAAGAAUGUUCCUGCUCCUGUGGAUCUGAUGGCAAAGAGCUACGAGUACGUUGCUACCAAGGUUCCUCAGUUCUCAUUCACCAGAUUGGCUGGUGCUGACCCAUUCCUAGGAGUUGAGAUGGCUUCCACAGGAGAAGUCGCUUGUUUUGGUAGGGAUGUUCAAGAAGCAUACUGGACCUCUAUCCAGGCAACCAUGAAUUUCCAUUUACCAAAGCCACCUUCAGGAAUUUUGUUUGGUGGUGACUUGACCAAGGAAUACUUAGCCACCGUCGCCAAGACAAUUGAAUCUCUAGGUUACCACUACUACACUGCUUCUGAGGAGGUCGCCGACUACUUAAGAAAGAAUGUCUCGAUCCCAGUGGAAGUCAUUGAAUUCCCCAAGACUGACAAGAGAAAGCUGAGAGAAGUUUUCCAGAAGUACGAUAUUAAGUGUGUCUUCAACCUCGCUCGUGCUCGCGCAGAGUCUUUACUGGACGAGGACUACGUCAUGAGAAGAAAUGCCAUUGACUUUGCCAUCCCAUUGUUCAAUGAGCCCCAAACUUCCAUUCUAUUCGCCCAAGCUCUGAAGGAGAAGUUGCACACCAAGCCCCAAGAGCAAUCUACUGAGGGACCUCUCGAAAUCCCCGAAGAAGUCCGCAGAUGGAGUGAGUUUAUUGGAGGAAAACCUGUGUAG